UUUUUUUCUUUUUUGUCCCUCUAUUUUUCCCACUUUUCAAGAAAUACCUUUUUAUCCCCAAUCCCUCUUCUUCUUUUUUUUUUUCCUCAUAUUUUUGCAAUAAAAAGAAUAGGAAUUGUAUCAUGGACAGAAAUACCACAGGUUUAUACGAAAUACUGGGUAUUAACAAAUCUGCUACUCCUGAAGAAAUCAAAAAGGCUUAUAGACGACUUGCUUUACGGUACCAUCCAGAUAAGAAUCCAGAUAGCGCUGACAAGUUUAAAGAUAUUAGCCAUGCUUAUGAGGUAUUGGGUGACGAACAAAAACGAAGGGUUUAUGAUAGAUAUGGUGAACUUGGACUUCAAAUGAUGGGUACCAUGGCUAGUCCACUUUUUGACCCAGAAAUCGAGUCUAUGAUUUGUACUGUUGUUUUGGCUAUGGAUCUAAUGUUGGUGCUUCUAAUCAUCUUUUUUGCAUUCUUGGCGGUAAAGAUUGAUGGACGUGUGAAUUGGUCUUGGGCCACAGUAUGGAUUCCUGUUUGGAUAGUCAAUAUUUUCUUAUGUUAUGCUCUUGGACGCUUUAUCUUAUCUUCUUCUGUCGAUAAAAAUGAUGAUGCGGACGACCAUGAUAGCGGCAGACGAAGACGAAGACAACAACAGCAACAACAACAAGGAAAUGAUGAUGAAGCAAUGGAUGAUGAUACUCAAGAUCAAGAAAGCAAACGAGAAGAAAAAACAAAACAACGGAUGCGCUUGCUCACUCGAGGAUUAUUUAUGAUUUACUUCUUCUUGACACUUCUCUUUCAAAUCUUUAUUGUUAUUGCAUUGGAUCAAAAGGUGAACUGGUCAGCUGCUGUGGUGUUUAUCCCUUACUUUGUGUUAGAAGGUUUAAACUUUUUAUUGACUUUGGCAGAUUAUGUGAUUGCUUUGACAGUGAUAAAACAACAAUUAAUGAUGGAUGGUGACAAUCAUGGCAAGGUGAAUGCAAUGACUCUGGUAUCAACUGCUCUGGUAUUAUUCUUUCACAAGUUUUGGUUCUUUGUCCUUCGAUUGGUUUUCUUUAUCUUGAUGGCAUUACGUAUCGAUAACACUAUCACUUCUUCUUGGGCUAUUGUGUUUAUUCCUCUUUACCUUGUGGCUGUCAAGUACGCUAUUCAACUAGGACUGAGCUAUCGUCGGUUUAGUCGUUUACCUCAACCAGAGGUAGCUCAUCAAGGAAAAAUCACAGUCAUGCUAGGUGCAGUGGUAUUUGUAGUGAUGGGUAGUCUUGUGUAUGCAUUGAUUGGUAUGGUAGCAAGACGUUUGGAUGGUGUUUGGCCUAUCGGAAUGGCAACCGUCUUUGUUCCUAUCUUUAUUGUCUUGGCUGUGGUGACAUGUUGUUGUGGAUGUUGUCUUCCUUGUAUCAUGAUGGUAUCAACUUUAGGCGAUAUGGAUGAUUUGGAACCUGCUCAAGCUUUGAUUGACCCUAAUCGUCGUAUCACUCAAUCUGGUGAAAAUUAGAUUUAGAUUCUCCCCUGUUUAAGCUUUUUUUUUUUUAUUACAUACUUCCCCUUGUAUUCUUUGUAUCAUCAACGACUUUUUUAUUUUAUUAUUAUCAUUACUAUUAUAAUUAUUAUUAUUUUCAUCUUAUUGAUUGUUCUUCUCCUCCUCCCUUCAUGAUUUUAGAAAACAUAGGCAUCAUUAUUUACUACUACUUACUAUUAUUAUUAUAUAUUAUUACUCUUUAUUUUCAUUCCAAUUCCUCAUCAAACUCCUUCUCUUUAAUAAAAUCAUACAAUCAACCUAAUCAUUGAUGAAAAAUACAAUCAUGUCUCCGUCAUUCCAUUCUUCCCCUGGAACUAUCCAUC